AUGACCGUGACUCUUGACCUGACAACUCGUGACUUCAUGAUCAGAAGAUGCUUUCUUGAUUGCUCGCUCGCGCUUGCGUGCAUCAUAUGCGUGCUGCUUGCGAAGGUGCGGGCGCCUGCUGCUGCUGCUGCUGCAUGCGCUCGGCCCAUCCUCUGAGCAAAGCUCCACGCGUACUUCGAAUCACGCACAACUUGACGAUUUAUUCGUGUUGAGUCUCGAGUGCAACCUCACCUCGCUUGCUUUGCGGCUCACCACCAAUCCAGCGAGCCUCUACCAAGUUUGCGGCUUCUUGCAUCCUUGACAAGGCUAGCAUUCACCCACGUGUCCAACAUUGCCUCACCUGCUCAUCUUCAUUCUGCUCGGCCCCGAAUUGAUUCGUCUUGAGCUCGCAUCCUCGCCACCAUGUGAGUGCAAAGUACCUACACAUUGAGCCUUUCCCGCAUCUCCGAAAGAUGCGCUGAUUCGCUCAUUCACUCUCACGCCAAUCUCAGGGCACCAGCGCCGCCGGUCACGUCUCCAGACAUAGCUCGUCUCACGCUGCACAAGCCUAUUCCGAUAGAAUAUCACCUCUACACCACCCCCUUUGCUCUCUUCUACCCUCUCCUGGCCUACGCCUACUUCAUUAAGUACGACAGCUGGAUCAAGAGCGAGGAGUGGACUUUCAUCUUUGUGGUUGGACUGGUAACCAGCCAUGCGCUGAGCUUUCUGAUCACCAAGUGGAGCAUCGGCGCGAGGGCGCUGCUCACCUGCAGACCUGUAAGUUGGCCUGAAGGCUUUCAGGCUGGGUGCGGAUAGCGGGCCCAAGGAAAGGAAGCCACUCGAUGAUCGAGGAGGAUAUUGAAAUCUCGAGUAGAGCCUGGAAGUGAACGGCGGAUCGGGAGCGAUUCGAUACAGCUCUGCGUACAGCAGGGCGACGAGCUGAGGGAAGGGGGCAAACUUCUUCAGCCUUCAGCAUCUCUCAUCGACUCUGGCCUGUAGCUCCUGAACUUUGCCGAGUAUCGCGGCUACUGACAAACUUUAUGUGCUCAAUCUUUUGCAGGCCAAGCUGCUGCAAGAUGCUUCCAUCGCUCGAGUCUUUCCUCACGCCCACAAGGGAGAGGGAGAGCUGGUUCCCUUGUCAUUCGUGACUCGCAAGGGCCUACCCCAGGAGAUUUCUUUCACCUAUCAAGCGGACAAGUACAUCUUGACUCAGCCCGACGCAAAAGCUCCCGUCACAUCGGUGCACACCUCGCCGCUGGUGACUGCGCCCACAUUCCGCCGACUUCCUUACCCAGCAGACUCUCAGCCCACCUUGUCCGCUUUCCAAUCCACCAAGGGUCAUGCGAGCGAGAAGGAAGUGGAAUUGGCGGAAGGUACCUUUGGGAAGAAUCUCUUCGACAUUCCUAGGCCUACAUUUCUGGGCCUCUUUGCUGAACAUGCGGUGGCUCCAUUCUUUGUGUUUCAAAUCUUUUGCGUGGGACUAUGGAUGCUCGACGAGUAUUGGUACUACUCGCUGUUCACCCUCUUCAUGCUCGUCGUGUUUGAGGCCACAGUGGUGUUUCAGGUGAGCAAACACGGACAGGUCGCGCUCCAAUACUCGUAAAUGCUAAAUGCUGACGAGUCACGCCAUCCUCGACGAUCCAGCGUCUGCGUACUCUGAACGAGUUUCGUACCAUGUCCAUCCAGCCUUACCAAAUCCAAGUCCACCGUGCAGGCGCUUGGAAGGAAGUAAGCACUACCGAUCUGUUGCCUGGCGAUGUGGUAUCUGUCACUCGCUCCAAAGAGGACUCUGCCACUCCUUGCGACUUGCUCCUGCUUGGUGGCAGCGCCAUCGUCAACGAGGCCAUGCUCUCGGGUGAAUCGACACCUCUUCUGAAAGAGGGCAUUGAACUGCGGGAGGGUAGCGACAAGCUCGAUGUCAAUGGUAAUGACAGAAACAAUGUCGUCUUCGGCGGCACAAAGGUCUUGCAGACCACCGCUCCUGGGUCACCUGGGGCUGCUGGUGAGGCUGCCGACCUCAAGUCUCGCGCGAACGCCUUGCAGCUGAAGACGCCAGAUGGCGGCGCUGCAGCCGUGGUGCUACGCACCGGCUUCGGUACGACUCAGGGUCAGCUCAUUCGUCUAAUGGUCUUCACAAACGAAGGACGGGUCUCUGCUAACAAUCUCGAAGCUUUCCUCUUCAUCGGCUUCUUGCUAAUCUUUGCCAUCGCUGCGAGCUGGUAUGUCUGGACCCGCGGCAUGGAGAUGGGAAGACCAAAAGGCAAAUUGCUUCUGGACUGCGUCCUCAUCAUCACUUCAGUCGUCCCGCCCGAGCUGCCCAUGGAGCUCUCUAUGGCCGUCAACACAUCUCUCAUGGCUCUCGCCAAGUUUUCCAUCUUCUGCACCGAGCCUUUCAGGAUCCCCUACGCCGGAAGGGUCGACGUCUGCUGCUUCGACAAGACUGGAACGAUUACCGGAGAGGAUUUGGAGGUGCAAGGUGUUGCGCAGGUUGGUGCUCGCGGACCUGCGGACCUCAUCGAUCUCAAGGACACGAGCAAGGAGACUACCCUGACUCUGGCUUCUGCACAUGCACUCGUACUUCUGGACGAUGGAGUGGUAGGUGACCCGAUGGAAAAGACGACUCUGGAUGCUCUGCAGUGGACUCUGAACAAGGGCGAUCAACUAGCGCCCACCGAUAUCAAGACAGCUCGCCACCGAUUGGGUGUCAACGUGCGACGACGCUUCCAAUUCUCUUCGGCUUUGAAGCGCAUGUCCACUUUGAGCUUUGUGCAGGACAACACUGGCUCUAGACGACUGUUCGCAAGUGUCAAGGGAGCGCCAGAGACGCUCAGAAGCAUGUACAAGAAUGUUCCCGCAGGCUACGACGAGACUUUCAAGGGCUUCACCAGGAGAGGUAGCCGUGUGCUUGCGCUGGGCUACAAGUACGUGGAUGGAGUGCAGCUGACGGCUGAUGGCGUGAACAACCUCGGCCGAGGGGACGUGGAGAGCGGUUUGGAAUUUGCUGGCUUCCUCGUCUUCCAUUGUCCACUCAAGCCGGACGCCAAGCAGACUCUGAAGGCUCUCAACGACUCGUCGCAUCGCAGCAUCAUGAUCACAGGUGACAAUCCGCUCACUGCUGUCCACGUCGCUACAGAAGUCGAGAUUGUGGAUCGCGAGACGCUCAUUUUGGACGUCAGAGAAGGGUCUUCGGACGAAAAGGACCUCGUUUGGCGGACUGUGGACGAACGAAAGAUCAUCCCUGUUCGAGCGGAGGACAAGUUGGACGAGACACUCUUCGACACUUACGACAUUUGCAUGACUGGCGUUGCGCUGAGACAAUUUGUGGAGAAAAAUCCUCAAGCGUGGCAAGUGCUUGUUCAGAACACAUGGGUCUAUGCGCGUGUCAGUCCUGCCCAGAAAGAGCUCAUUCUCAACACACUGAAGGGUCUCGGGUACGUGACACUCAUGGCCGGAGAUGGCACGAAUGAUGUCGGCGCUCUCAAGGCUGCCAACAUUGGUAUUGCUUUGUUGGACGGAACGCCUGAAGAUCUGAAGAAGAUCUUUGAGCACCAAAGGAAUGAGCGCAACAAGAAGAUCUACGAGUCUCAACUCAAGCUCACUUCCAGAUGGGGCCAACCUCCUCCUCCAGUGCCUGCCGCCCUGAAGGAACUGUACCCCGAGCUCGAAAAAGCACGCGACGAGACCAUCAAACAGAUGCAACGCAAGCGUGUCGUUGACCCAACGGCUAAAUUCGACUUGAGCACGCUCACUGCAUCUAUGGCUGACAUGGACACCGACGCAGACGGACCACCACAGAUCAAGCUUGGAGACGCCUCUGUAGCUGCGCCCUUCACUUCCAAGCUUUCGAACGUCGCUGCUAUCACGCACGUCAUCAGACAAGGGAGGUGCAGCUUGGUAUCCACCGUGCAGCAGUACAAAAUUCUCGGGCUCAACUGCCUGAUCCAGGCCUAUUCGCUCAGCGUCAUGUACCUAGACGGUAUCAAGUACGGUGACUAUCAAGUUACCAUCUCAGGCAUGCUCAUGAGCGUCUGCUUCUUGAUGAUUUCUCGAGCACAACCCAAUGAGAAAUUGUCGAAGGAACGACCUCUGGCAAAUAUCUUCAACUUCUACAUCAUCGCUUCCAUCCUUGGACAAUUUGCGCUGCACAUUGCCAGCAUGAGGUACAUCACCCAAUUGGUGCCGGUCUUCGAAGAACAAGAAAAGGUGGUGGAUCUGGAGAAGAAAUUUUCGCCCAGUCUGCUCAACACUGCCGUGUUCCUCAUCGGUCUCAGCCAACAAGUGUCCACGGUCAUUUCCAACUUUAUUGGUCAGCCGUGGAGGGAGAGCUUGUGGGCAAACACUACGAUGAGAUGGUCCUUGCUCGGCGCUUUUGGCGUCGCCUUUGGUGGAGCGCUGGAAAUCAUGCCGGAGCUCAACGAGUGGCUACAGCUCAUUAAGAUCCCCGACGCUUUCAAACUGCAUCUUGUAAGUCGCUGUCGCUGCUGAGCUUCAUUUCAAGCCUUUGAGAGAUCCGGACCGCAUCGCUGACCUUUCCGUCUUCUCUGCAAUGCAGGUGGCAGCUAUGAUUGUGGACUUUGCAGGAAGUCACAUCAUCGAAGAAGUGACUAGAAGAUUGUUGGCGCCCAGGACUAUCGGGGCUAUCGUGGCCAAAGGAAGGGAAAGACGCGAAGCUAGAAGAAAGGCUGAAUUAACCGCUCAACAGAAUUUGGCUGGAAAUCUGCAGGAACUCGCAAAGGUGGCUAGUCAGCGCAAGACUCAGUAG